GGACGUGAUCAGCUACUCUGUUGCUCCCGGUUACACCAAUGGUACGCUGAUGUUCUUCUACCUGAAUGAACAGUCAGCCAUUCUAACAGUGGCCAGCGAUCUGAGGGACAGCAGACCAUAUGGCAACCAGUAUCAGUUCCAAGUGAUCGCCAAUGACCAGGGCAAGCCUCCAAAGUCUGCCUUCUUGUCUGUGACAAUAUUUGUGUGAACGAGACGAAUUCCCGCCUGUCUUCUCACCACCUCAGAAGAAUGAGACCAUUACCGACAAGCACUUGACUAAUACGUUUGUGUCAUCAGUGUUUGCAGAUGACAGGGAUCGUAAAGGGACAAUUGUGUAUGAGCUGGUGGGAGAUGGUAAUGCGAUGGCCUACUUCAGCAUUGACAGGGCAACUGGCUUCAUCAACCUGAUCAAGGACAUCAAAACAACAAGGGACACAGUGUUCAGACUUGUGCUGCAGGCAUAUGACUCCUUCUAUCCAACCAACCGUGCCACGAUGUACAUGUAUAUCUUCGUCCAGCGGAACAGUGACAUCAUUGUGUUUGAUACCACCCUGUCAUACUUCGUGGAAGUGAACGAAUACCGGCAGCUCUUUAACGAGAUAUACCGUGUCAGUGCCACUGAUCCAGAUGGGGACAGUGUGAGCUACAGAAUCUCUACCCAACCCUCUGGCCCAGGAGUAUUUCUUCAUCGCCACGGAGGGCCAGUUUGGAGUGCUCUACAUUAAGAAAUCACUGUCCCUCAACCAACUGAAUGACACAUACGUGUUCCUGAUCGAGGCAAGGGAUAACCGCCAGUUUGAUACGCAGACCUCAACCAAACAGAUGACAGUCAGGGUGUUGCGUAACCAGAGACCAGUCAUUCUGAACAUUGAAAGGGAGAUCACUGUUGAUGAACGAAGACCGAUUGGAGAACGUAUAUAUGUCAUUGACGCACGAGAUCCAGACCUUUUGCCUGGGAGUGCUCUUCACUACCAGGUGUACGGAGAGGGCUUAGCGCCCGGCCUGUUUGAGAUCGUUGAUAUCGAGAAAGGAUUCAUCACUGUUGCCAGCAACCUCAUGAGGGAUAAAGCUCCUGCAUAUAAUCUGACAGUGGUCGUGUAUGACUUUGGAACUGCCAGACCUGAUGGCUUCCUACACAAUCAGAGUCAACAUGAUCAGAACGCUAAUGCUCCAGUGUUCACCGCCAAUCCAUACAGAAGUAAUCUUGAAUGGCGGGACCUGCCUGUAAAAAUUGUUGCAACCAUCUCAGCCACUGAUGCUGACAAUGACCGUGUGACGUACAGUUUGGGAAGCAAUCUACCUGAAGUUGCCGACUAUUUCAGGGUGAAUUCUGACAAUGGAAACAUUGUACUACUAAGGGACUCUCCCAGCGCGCAGAGAAUCCUUCACAAUCAACGUUCAGGCUCGUGACAACGCUUCCCCAGAAAAGUUUGCACAGUCCUCCG